AUGAAUCAGAGCAGCAAGCUGUACAUUAACACUAAAAUUGGAAACACCUUCUUCUUUGAGAUAAGCAUUGGGAUCUCAGGCAACAGUAUCCUCCUCUUCCAUGUCCUUAAGUCCAGUCGUGAGCACAAGCCCAGACUCACCGACAUGCCCAUUGGCUUCUUGGCCUUAGUCCACCUACUGAUGCUGCUGGUUCUGAGUGUUAUAGCUACAGAUAUGUUCAUAUUUCAUCAAGGAUGGGAUGACAUCACAUGUAAAUCUCUUGUCUUCUUAUACAGAUUUUUGAGGGGUCUCUCCCUUUGUGCCACCUGCUUGCUGAGUGUUCUCCAGGCCGUCACUCUCAGCCCCCGAUACUCCUGUUUAGCAAGGUUCAAAAAAAAAUUAUCACCAUGUCACAGCUUAUGGUCCUUGUUUGCCCUUUGUUCUGUCUAUUCAUCCAUUUCCAGUAACCUUCUUAUCUACAUAGUUAUCACCCCUAAUGUGACCUCAGACCACUUACUGUAUAUUACCGAAUCCUGCUCUUUUUUACCCUUCAGUUUCCCUGUGAAAUACAUAAUGUCCACAUUGUUCAUCUUCAGGGAAGCAUUCUUUAUUGGUCUCAUGGCACUCUCCAGCGGGUACAUGGUGGUUCUCCUGUGCAGGCACAAGAGGCAGUCCCAGCAUCUUCACAGCACCAGCCUUUCUCCAAGAGCAUCUCCAGAGGAAAGGGCCACCCGGACCAUCCUGCUGCUCAUGGGCUUCUUUGUGCUUAUUUCCUUCUUGGACAGCUUUAUGUCAUUCUCAAGGCAUAUGUUCAAAGAUGAUCCAAUAUUCUACUGUAUCCAGAUUAUUGUGAGCCAUAGCUAUUCCUCAGUCAGUCCCUUUGUGUUCAUCAGCACUGAAAAGGAUAUAAUUAGGCUUUUAAGGUCCACGUGUGAGAGGAUAGUGACUAUUUGA